AGCAAGUGCAAGUGGUCGGUCGGUCGGACGGUCGGACGGUUGGCCCAUUCGCUGUGCCACCAGUUAUGGCAGCAGCAACAACAAGCAGCAGCAGUAGACAGUAGACAGCAUACAGCAGAUAGGCAGACCUCAACCAGUUUCAGUUUCAAUUUCAAUACAACAAUUUUACAAUUUGUUACAACUGAGCGGCGGGAGCCCGAGAGCAGUGUGCUGAGAGCUCUACUCUACAGUCCAACACUCAACACUGUGCAAACGGUGUGCCGCUCUUUGGUCUGCCUGGGAUUUCGGCGCAACUUAACUUGGCUUUGGCGCAUGCGUGGAUGAUUAGUGAAGUGCGAUCCAUCGCGGCAAGCAGACGUUGCAGAUCGAACUGAGUUUUCGUUAGAGAUAUCCCGAGAUACAGAUCCCGAAAAUGUACACAGAAGUGAGGCAUAUCCUCAGGCAAGCGGCACCGGAACUGUUGUUUCCGCUGCUCGCGCUUCUCGCGCUAAAUGUGUGCCCUUCUUCGUUCGCCUGGAAGCCAAUUGCAGUCUCCUCGGGCCCUGCCAGCAACGGUGGCAGCAGCAGCACAGCCUCCUACAGCCUCAAGCAAUCCCACCCGGGAUCCGCCAGCAGCAGUCACGAACUGGCCACAAGCUUUGCCCAGUUCGGCGCUGGCAAGGACUCGGAGGAAGGCGGUGUCGGAGGAGGCGAGGAUGAACUUCUUCUGGCCCGCUCCGCCAUUGUGAAUGGUGUGGAUCAUCCAUCGUCGGUGGCUCAUCCCAUAACGUUCGGCGAUCAUGUGGAGGAUCAGUACGAGUCCUAUAGCAUCGAGGAUGAGGCCCACAAGGAGCCACAGCUGACCUUCACGCGCACACCGCUCUACGGCUCCGAUCGAUGCAGUGUGAAAAAGUUUGCAUUCAAUCAGGACGGAGAGGUGGAAUAUCGGAAUCCGCUGCUGCCCGAACUGGAUCAGUUUACGCUCUGCUUCUGGAUGCGUUUUACCAAUCACAGUGGGGAUCAUGUCCUUCUGACCUACGAGGCUGGCAAGGAAUCGCGAGAGAUACAAAUCUGGGUCGCGAAUGCGCAAAAUUCCAGUUUCCUUUCGAUGGCCAUAAAAGGUCAGCAAAUGUACAGACUCAACUAUCCGCUGCGAAUGCGCCAGUGGCACCACAUGUGCACCUCAUGGAAUGGAAAGACGGGCGAGUGGCAGGCCUGGCUCAAGGCAGAACGCAUUGGGCGUGGCUUCCACAACUCGCUUGUGGGCCAUAAAAUUCCAGCAAAUGGAAAGCUACGCUCCGGCGGCACCUCGAUCACCGGCGAGGUAAGCCACGGCCUGCACUUUGAGAUGACAAUGGUCCAGGUCUAUCGCGUGGCCCUGAGUGCCGGCAAGGCCCACCGCGAUCACAAGCAUCACCACGUGCAUCAUUUUGAUCAUGAAGGACAGGAGGUAUCCAGUACAGUGCGGCCCCCACCCAUAAUAAAUCGACCACAGCCUAUGCACACGCUCCUGGCCAGUGGCCAGAUCCCUACGCGGUUGCGCAUUAACCUGGCCAAUCCAUCCAAUCCUUCCAGCGAUGGAGCUGCAGCGCCUGCUGCUGGAUCCGAUGCAGCACAGCAGCAGCAGCAGCAGAUCACAUUUAACACAAACUUUGUGAACGGACAGAUCAACGCGGGCUCUCGUCUGGUGGCACAGCAGCUUCUGGGGCUUCCGGCAAAGAAUGGCAUUCCUCAGCAGUCCUCAGGUAGCCGUUUCCAAAUGCUAAGCAACUCCGCGAAUGUUCAGUUCAUCGACGAGACUGAGACCCACAUACAGUUCAAGCGAGCAGCAGCAGGAGCAGCAGAUGAGAAGAAACUGAAGAAGCGCGGACUAGUGCUGUUGGAUGACGGAUCCGUGGUAGACGAUGGCACAGACACCGAUGCCAGCGAGGUCUAUAACGGCCUCGCCGACUACGGCGGCCAGCAAUUCAAGCAGGAUCUGACCCUCAAGAUGAGUCUCGAGGAGGAGAUCAGCACGCACGAUCGGGAGCCCGCCGAGGAGGAGGUCAAGGCCGUCAUGGCCAUUUGCAGCAGUUGCCAUGCAGAGCCCUUUCAGGGUGCCAUCGUCUUUGCGUGGAAGGAGGUUCAGGAGCACAUGAAUAACGCACUCAAAGGCCUUAGCGUGGGCACCUGCGGUAACUUCUAGUUCUGGUCGCCACCUGCCACCUGUGGCAAGCAGUCUUUAGAUUAGUCCAUGUACCAUAGACCCCCUUCUUUUUGUUUUGUUUUUUUGUAUAUACGAGUGUCUGUCAUUUCGGUGUGUGUGAUUCCGAUUCCGCUUGUCCGCGUGCAUGUCCAUGUGGGAGUCAACGCUUUAGAGUGGAGGAAGUGGAGGCUCCCCAACGAUCCUUGACUCGCUCAUGGACAUGACCCACUCUAUCCGCAUCCUCACAAAAACCUCUAGCAACUACGCGGUGAUAUUGAAUAAAAAAAAAGAUUAUUUAAA